GCAUCUCCCUUUUUUAUUUUCCCAAAAAUCCAUAUGAUUUCGUUGAAAGGGUGAAAUCUAGAAGGCCGAAAAUCGUUCCCCGUCAAUUCGUGUGAAACGCUGGAGAUUUUUCAACGGGUCAAAGGAGGCCGAACCCAUUUGGUUUCGCUAUAUGUACAAUCUCAGUCAAACUUUCGAGCCCUAGAACGAUUUCUGCGUGAUAAUCUGCCCCCACCGAUCUAGCUUCCUCGUGUUAAUUUCAGAUCUCUUGAUCUUACAAUGGCUGCAGAAUCCAGCAACCCCCAGUCAAUCUACGAUUUCACCGUUAAGGAUGCUAAAGGAAAUGAUGUUAAUCUUAGUGCUUAUGAGGGAAAGGUCCUGUUGAUUGUCAAUGUUGCAUCCCAAUGUGGCCUGACAAACUCCAAUUACCAUGGGUUGACCCAGUUAUAUGAGAAAUACAAGAUUGAAGGUUUGGAGAUUCUUGCAUUUCCAUGCAACCAGUUUGGUAACCAAGAGCCAGGCACAAAUGAAGAAAUCAAGGAAAUUGCUUGUACUCGGUUCAAAGCCGAAUUUCCCAUUUUUGGAAAGGUUGACGUUAAUGGUGACAAUGCUGCUCCACUGUACAAGUUCUUGAAAAACAAAAAGGGUGGAUAUUUUGGUCUCGAUGGGAUCAAGUGGAAUUUCACUAAAUUCCUUGUGGACAAGAAGGGAAAUGUUGUUGAUCGCUAUAUGCCCACCACAUCUCCGUUAAGCAUAGAGAAGGACAUAAAGAAACUGCUGGAGAAAGCUUAACUUCCCCUAUGCAUAUCGGUCACAUGAUAUUAUUAUUACCUUAAAAAACAAAAAUCAGAAUGUGGGUGUGAAUAAAUGCAGCAUUGGAGAUGAUGCUUGCUAUGCUACAUACAACAGCUUGGUCAACAGUAUACAUCAUUCACAUAUGACCAGGUUCAUUUGUUCUCAUUUAAUAAGCAACCUGUGACUUCCUUUGUCCAUACACUGUCUUGUGUCCUGAUACAUGUAACAAAUUAAAGUUGACUACCAUAUACUUAUCUUGGAUAAUAUGAUUUUCUUUGUCAAAUCAUCUCGGUUGAACUCAAAAUUCGCAAAAAAGAAGAAAAAACAUGUACACACUGGUAUAUUGAGAUUUAUAUUCUCUGUCCCAAGAUGAAUUUUGCGGUUUGAUUUUUAGCGAAGUUUAAGAAAAGGUGUUGUAAAAUAAUUGGAACUUGUUUAGAAGAGACAGAAGGCAAGGCAUGGUGCACUAAAUUUGGGGAUUUGGG